AUGUCCCAAGAAUUCAAACUCAAAGAUAUCACCUCCCUUUCCUCCCUCUCCCCAAACGACAAGAUAGAGGUCGAGGUCGAGGGCGUCCAAGAUGGAAAAGUCCUACUUGUAAACUACGAUGGAAAAGUCCACGCUCUUACCCCAAACUGCUCGCACUACGGUGCUCCGCUUAAGAAUGGUGUUGUUGGGGCCGAGGGUCGCCUGACUUGUCCCUGGCACGGUGCAUGCUUCAACAUCUCAACCGGCGACGUCGAAGAUGCUCCAGCCCUCAACGCUCUGACCAAAUUCGAGCUCCAGGAAAAGAACGGCGCUGUCUAUAUCCUCGGUUCAGAGGAAAGUAUUAAAUCCGGACACCGGAACCCCGUCGGAAAGUGUUCUGCUUCCAGUGAGGAGAAGGUCGUCGUUGUUGGAGGCGGCUCCGGCACAAUCUCAACCCUCCAAGUCCUCCGCUCCCAAAAAUACCCAGGCACCAUCACAAGCAUCUCCAAAGAACCAAUCCCAAUCGACCGAACAAAGCUCUCCAAAGCUUUGAUUCCCGAUGAGUCGAAGAUAGCCCUCCGUCCAGAACAAUGGUUUGCCGACGCUGGAAUCACGACGCUAGUCGACGAAGUCACAUCGGUCAAUCUGGAGUCGAAAUCCGUAUCUACGAAAUCCGGGAAGAAUAUCCCGUAUACGAAACUCGUGCUGGCGACGGGUGGAAUCCCGCGCAGACUUCCGCUUCCUGGAUUCGACUUGGGGAAUGUUUUUACCUUGCGCAGUGUUGUUAACGUGCAAGACAUUCUUUCUGCUCUUGAAAAGAAGCAGAAGCCCAAGGUUGUUGUUAUUGGUAGUUCGUUUAUUGGAAUGGAAGUCGGGCUUGCGCUGAAAGGAAAGGAGUAUGAUGUGACUAUCGUCGGGAUGGAGGAUGUUCCCAUGGAACGGGUGAUGGGUGCGAAAGUUGGGAGGAUCUUACAGGGGAAUCUGGAGAAGAGUGGCGUUGUGUUCAAACUUGGAGCCUCUGUGGAUAAGGCUACGGCGAGUGAAGGUGGGAAAGACGUUGGUGCAGUUCAUCUUAAAGAUGGAACGGUACUGCCGGCGGAUGUGGUGGUUCUGGGUGUCGGAGUGAGACCUGCUACUGAUUAUUUGAAAGAUAGUGGAUUCACGCUGGAGAAGGAUGGGUCUUUGGCGACGGAUGAGCAUUUCCUUGUUCAAGGGCAUGAUGAUGUGUUUGCGAUUGGAGAUAUUGCAACAUAUCCUUACGCUGGGCCUGGAGGGGAGGGGAAGCCGGUGCGGAUUGAACAUUGGAAUGUAGCUCAGAACAUGGGACGCCGUGUUGGGAAGGCGAUUGCUCAAGCGCAACGGGGUGACGUGAAGAGUGUGCGCGUCAAGCAAUUUAUUCCAGUGUUCUGGAGUGCUCUUGGAGGGCAGAUGAGGUAUUGUGGAAACACAGUGAAUGGGUUUGAUGAUGUUGUGCUCAAUCAGCCUGAGGGUGGGAAGUUUACGGCGUUCUAUACAAAAGGGGAUACCGUUAUUGCGGUUGCUACGAUGGGCAUGGAUCCGGUUAUGGUGAAGUGUGCGGAGUUGAUGAGGCAGGGAAAGAUGGUCGGGAAGAAGGAUGUACAGGGCGGUGUUGAUGUUUUGAAGAUCUAA